CUGACCAAGCAUAUUCUUGGGAUUAUCCCUGGUUAUUGUCCUCUCCUGUACACUACUGCAGGUGUGCUGUGAAGCCCCAGUGACCACAAAGACUCCUUCCCCCUAUACCUUAUCCACUUCCUCAAAGUUUCUGUGCAGUUUCCUCUUUCUGGGAGAAUCAGUGUUAUCAGUUUGACCAGGCCUUGAAAUUCUUAUGCUCCACACAUCUGAGGCCAAGCCCAUUCCAAACACACCUUAUUCAAAAAAAAAAUCACUCCCUGAUGAAGAAAUAUAACUGGGAGCAAAGGCAGAAAACAACACUAGAAGGCUAUUGGGGCACAGGGAGAAACCCAAGGCAAGUUCAGAAGGAUAAAUAUUUAAACAUAAAAUAUUCCUGAAGCAUAUAUGGAACUUUAAAGAAGAGCAAAAGAAACAUCAGGAUAAAAAAAUAAAAUGGGGUGUGUGGCAGAAAUCCCUACAUUACCACUAGUACCACCAUUUAAAACAGCUACUUUUUCACCUCGCAGAAACCUCCUGCUUUGCUGUGUUUGUUUUUGUGAACAGUAGAACACUCAGAAGUUGAACUGCCCUCUGUCAGGGACAUACUUGGGAAGUGUGUCUUAAUUUAAAACCCUGACAAUUGUGCAGAAAUUCUGUAAGAGAAGAAUCUCCUCAAACCCUGUAAAUGGUUGGUACUGGCUCUGUCGAGGGCUGAGUCUUAAACCAAAAUAUAGAAAAUGUAUGAAAGAUAAUACACUCACACAGAAUGCAACUUCUGGGAAUGGGAAAACAGGAAUGUGUUCACAUAAAUGUAUCACUUUAGCCCCUUGCAUUUGUCUAGCUAAUUUUCUUUUAAAAUAGCAUUUUGGAUGCAAGUAAUUUUCUCCACAUAGUCUUGUCUCCUUGUGCCCACACUGUAAGAGUACUCGUGUGUUUCAAGUACCAUGUUCCUUCCUUUCAAAGCCUUAACACACCAUCAGCUUUCUUUACAGCUUGGAGGACUGUGACUAAUUUUCUUCCAGAGCCCAAUAACAUCUCUCCUAAGCUGGACUACAGAGUAAACCAAGACACCCAGAGCACUGACCGCAUGCUGUCCACUCCUAGGAAGUGCUCUGCCCACUGUCUAGGGGAAAGCUUCAAGGCACCUGCCCAAAGUUCAGCCCACAGACAACAAAGACCCACAUUGUAGCUCAGUGUGCUCUCCUCAGCUAAAAAGGUAUGAAAGGUAAACAAGAGCAAGAAUAUGCAGAUAAUUUACAUGCUCUCUUUAAUCACAGAGCACACAGAGGUGUGCUUCCCCCCGCACAAGGUGCUUUGGAUAUUACAGCUCAGAUCAGUGCAACAGCCCACAGGACAAACUUGCCUUUGCUGCAAUUUCAGAACCCAGCGAGGAGCUUCACACCAUUCUAUACUUACCUGUGAGAAGACACACAUGCAGGACAGAGAAGAGGCAGCUAGACUCAAGGUCUGCAAUUCUCUCAGGCUGAGCCCUCUUUCACCUCCAGGAAGUGAGGGGAAGGCUGCUCCCUGCCAAGAAAGUGCAGUCAGGUUUCUGGCACACACUGGGCAGGCAGAGGGCUUGUGUCUAAGGUUGGCAGGAGUGAUGCUUCUUCAAGUGCACAUGGCGCCUCCCGUCAGUCAUCGCUUGAAAAAGUCACAGAAGAGGAGAAAGGGGCAGCAGAUUAAAUGUUUGCAAGGAAAGCAGAAUUAUGUGCAAAAACAAGAUGAAACAGAUGUGUCAUUACGAUUCAGACAGAAAUGUAAAUCAGCUGAAGACAUCAGAACAAAAUGCCUUAACUGCCUGUCUCGUCGCUGCAGGGAUGGAUGUGGUUACAGCAGACAGAGGAAAAUCCAUUGAGACGUGUGCUUAUCUAUCAAUUGUACCAGCUGUUUCUGGUAUGCAGCAACUGACUGACCACAGUAAGGAAACAUGGAUGUAAUCAGUUAGCAAACCGCUCCUUUCUCAGCAAGGAUGAUAAGGAUUGUUGGCAAACCCACAGAGAGUUACGGGAAUAGAGGAAUUGGUGCGCUGAAGUCACUUCCUAUCACCCGGGAGUCCCUGGGCUCAGAGCAUUGUUUGCUUUCCUAGUAUGGAUCUUGGUGUUUGUCUGCACUAGUUCAGAUCUAUAAGUGCACUCACCCUGUCCACCACACAGAAGCCCACUCAGAGAGAUUGCCAAUGCACUCUUCUGUCUGCCUCUGUGGGAAGGAUUCAGGCUGCCUGUGAGCAGAGAGAGUGAUUCUUUACUACAUCUUUACACCGGCAAAACACCUUUCUGCAGAGGUAUUUUCAAAACCAGGCAUGACUUAAUCAAUUCUGGGAAGAGGCAUAUGCCAACAGAAACACUCUUUUGCCAACACAAACUGUGCUGCCACUAGAGGAGUAUCGGCAAUCCCACUCUUGUCAGCGUGGGGCCUCCACUUCACUGAUUAGGCUCUAUAUGGGUGGACAGUGCAGGAGGUUCCCAGCCAGUGAGGUCAGUGCUGAGGUGAGCCCCUUCUCCCUCAUCUCAAGAGAAGUGGUGGCUAUUUUAGCUGCACCUGCAUCAACAGAGAAUUUACAGAAACUGGAGGUGAGCUCCUGAAUGCGCAGCUGGUUACUGUUGCAGUCUGUAGAUUGGAAAAUGGUCUGCUGCACUGUACGUGGUCAACACAGAUUUGAUGAUACCUUGGCAGUAUCUGGUGUCUUCUCUGAGGUCUUGAGAGCCAACUCAAAGAAGGCUUCUGCUGCAGCCCUGAGUGCAACUAAUUGCAGCCUAGCACUGAGGUUAGUAGAA